UCCAGCGCUUGGCAAUUUGUAGGAGUGAGUUCCGGUCGUGGCCGAAGUGGUUGCAUUUUGUUAGUACCGAAGGGUCGCGAUGGCUGCGGUGGAUUCGGAUGUCGAACCGCUGCCUCGUGGAGGUUUCCGCUGCUGCCUCUGCCACGUCACUACAGCCAACCGACCCAGCCUAGAUGCCCACCUGGGAGGUCGGAAGCACCGGCACCUGGUAGAAUUACGAGCUGCCCGAAAAGCCCAGGGACUUCGAAGUGUGUUUGUCAGUGGCUUUCCCCGGGAUGUGGAUUCUACUCAGCUCUCUGAGUACUUCCAGGCAUUUGGACCUGUGGCCAGUGUUGUCAUGGACAAGGAUAAGGGUGUGUUUGCCAUCGUGGAGAUGGGGGACGUGGCUACCCGGGAAGCUGUCCUGUCACAGCCUCAGCACAGCCUGGGGGGCCAUCGCCUGAGGGUCCGGCCACGGGAGCAGAAAGAGUUUCAGAGCCCAGCCUCCAAGUCCCCCAAAGGAGCCGCCCCCGAUAGUCACCAGAUGGCCAAAGUGCUAGCCGAGGCUCCGGAUGUGGGGGCACAGAUGGUGAAGCUGGUGGGGCUGAGGGAGCUCUCCGAGGCUGAGCGGCAGCUUCGGAGCCUCGUGGUGGCCCUGAUGCAGGAGGUCUUCACAGAGUUCUUCCCUGGCUGUGUGGUCCAUCCUUUUGGCUCUUCCAUAAACAGCUUUGAUGUCCAUGGCUGUGAUCUUGACCUCUUCCUGGAUCUGGGGGACUUGGAAGAGCCCCAGCCAGCCCCCAAGGCUCCACAGUCUCCAUCCUUGGACUCGGCCCUGGCAUCUCCACUGGACCCUCAAGCCCUGGCCUGCACCCCAACCUCUCCUCCAGACUCACAGCCUCCAGCUUCUCCCCAAGACUCAGAAGCCCUAGACUUUGAAGUUCCUUCUUCCUCCCGGGCACCCCGGACCCCAGACUCUGCUUUGGCCUCUGAGACCGUCGCCUCUCCCCAUUCCCUGCCUCCAGCCUCACCACUGCAGGAGGACCCAGGAGAGGGGGACCUGGGGAAGGCCGUGGAACUGGCAGAGGCCCUGAAGGGGGAGAAAUCAGAAGUGGGGGGCAUGCUGGAGCUGGUGGGAUCCAUUCUUCGGGGCUGUGUCCCUGGUGUGUACCGAGUCCACACUGUGCCCUCUGCCCGACGCCCUGUGGUCAAGUUCUGCCAUCGUCCUUCGGGUCUCCAUGGUGACAUCUCCUUCAGUAAUCGGCUGGCGCUGCAUAACUCCCGCUUCCUGAGUCUCUGCUCUGAGCUGGAUGGGCGAGUACGGCCCCUUGUGUACACUCUGCGCUGCUGGGCUCAGGGUCGAGGACUGUCAGGGAGUGGCCCACUUCUCAAUAACUACGCUCUGACCUUGCUCGUGAUCUAUUUCCUUCAGACCAGGGACCCUCCUGUGUUGCCCACAGUGGCCCAGCUCACCCAGAAAGCAGGUGAGGGCGAACAGGUGGAGGUUGAUGGCUGGGACUGUAGUUUCCCCAGGGAUGCCUCAAGACUGGAGCCCAGCACCAACAAAGAGCCCCUGAGUUCCCUGCUGGCCCAGUUCUUCUCCUGCGUCUCUUGUUGGGAUCUUCGUGGCUCACUACUGUCCCUGCGGGAGGGUCAGGCAUUGCCUGUGGCAGGGGGCCUGCCCUCUAAUCUCUGGGAGGGCCUGCGCCUUGGCCCCAUGAAUCUCCAGGACCCUUUUGACCUGAGUCACAAUGUGGCAGCCAAUGUGACCAGCCGGGUGGCUGGGCGGCUACAGAACUGCUGCCGAGCAGCAGCCAAUUACUGCCGAAGCCUCCAGUUCCAGCGCCGUUCCUCCCGGGGUCGGGACUGGGGGCUGCUUCCCCUCCUGCAGCCCAGCUCCCCUAGCUCCCUGCUGUCUGCGACACCCAUCCCUUUACCCCCGGCUCCCUUCACCCAGCUUACUGCUGCCCUGGUCCAGGUGUUAAGGGAAGCAUUGGGGUGCCAUAUAGAACAGGGAACCAAGAGACUGCGGUCAGAAGGAGUUGGAACUGGGGAAUCUCCCCCGGGAGGAACAAGCAAACGAUUGAAACUAGACAGUGAGAAAAAUAGCUGUGAGGAGGGGCAGGAGCAGCAGCAGGGAUGUGCAGGGGACCACGGUGAAGAUGGGGUGGAAGAAAUGGUGAUAGAGGUUGGGGAGACAGUGCAGGACUGGGCCAUGCGGAGCCCUGGGCAGCCAGGGGAGCUGCCCCUGACAACUAGAAAGCAUCCAUCCACUGGAGAAGAGGGGCAGUCAGGCCCUGCAGCGCUGGCUGAGCAGGGGCCCAAAAGACCUGAGGCCACCCAAGAAGGGUCUGAGGGCGAGACAGAGAAGGGGGCUUCGCUUUCCUCAGUGAGCUGGCGCUGUGCCUUGUGGCACCGAGUAUGGCAGGGGCGGCGGCGUGCCCGGAGACGUUUGCAGCAGCAAACCAAGGAGGGAGAUGGAGGCAGUGCUGGCACAGGAGCAGGAUGGCUGGCAACCGAGGCGCGGGUAACUCGGGAGCUGAGAGGACUGAGCAGUGCUGAACAGAGGCCAGAGGCUGAGCCGCUCCUGACCUUUGUGGCAUCUGCCUCCCAGGCUGACCAGACUCUUACUGUGACCCCCCUCCAGGAUUCUCAAGGCCUGUUCCCCGAUCUCCAUCAUUUCUUACAGGUUUUCCUUCCUCAAGCACUUCGGAAUCUCCUCAAGUGAAGAUGGGGGCCCUAAAGGGCAAUAAAGCUGAUAGUUUAAUAAACGCUAUAGUUU